UCUAUGGCUUAGUAGCCAAUAUGGCCGAACACAAGGCAAUUCUGCAGCCUGGUUCAAGCGGAUACCAGAGGCCUCCGUACCAGGACUAUGAAACAUCUUUGGAAGGUGACAUUGCUGCAGCGGCAGCUCCCCCUGAAGAAAAGGAGUUCAACACGCUCGACGAACCAGUGCUUACUACCAUCGUAAGGGAUCUGAAGGCUAUUGGCAUCAAGUUUGCACAUGUCUUGUAUCCAAAACAAAAAAAUACUAUAUUGAGGGACUGGGACUUAUGGGGACCUCUAAUCCUCUGCGUCUUCCUUGCCACGAUGCUACAACAACCAGAGGAUGAGAAAAUACACAGCGGUGCUCCUCAGUUUGCCCAAAUCUUCGUCUUGGUGUGGGUGGGCGCUGGCGUGGUGACAUUGAACUGCAGGCUUUUGGGCGGAACAAUAUCAUUCUUUCAGAGUGUGUGCGUGCUGGGCUACUGCUUGCUGUCACCCUGUGUUGCUUUGGUCAUAUGCCGGCUCAUCCUACUUGCUGGGAACCAGACUGUUGCCCUGUUCAUCCUUCGGUUCUUUGUGACCAUGCUUGGCUUUGGCUGGGCUGUAUUCGCAUCAACGGCAUUCCUUGCAGACAGCCAGCCAUCAUCAAAGAAAGCACUGGCUGUGUAUCCUAUCUGUCUCUUCUACUUUGUGAUCAGCUGGCUGAUACUAGCACGGUCACCCUAGGGUUUUGUGGAACAAGCCGAAGACAUAUCUUCCUUUUUCUCUCCUCAUGAAGUGAACUGAACUCUCCAGCCACAGUGUAUGCAUCAAACCUGAUUCCUUUGUGCAUUUCUCUCUUUCUCAUUCAAAGGAGACACUGGGAUUGGGGCCUAACUUAUUUUUUUGCUCGCUGCAAAGUAGAAAAAAAAAGGGGGGGAUACUUUGCAACUAUGGUUUUCUUUGGAAAGAAAGAAUGCAUUGUUCCAACAGUUCAAAGAACUAGAAGUAGCUUCUAUGUUAAUGAAAGCAACUGCUGUGAGUGUGAUAAUGGGAGGAUGCUUCCUCAAAAAGCAUUCUUUGCACUUCAUUUCUGUUUGUGUGGGAGGCUGAAUGUUGAGAUGUCUAGUCAUAUUCCACAAAUUUCUGUACAAAGAACACUUUUCUAAUAAAGGUUGAAUCUUAA